UAUUAACGCUAAAUUCAUUAAAUCACGGCGAACGUAUUAGUUUCAGGUAUAAAUGAUGAUCCGUUGGUUAUUCCUUCCUUUAAAAAAAACAACACUUUAGAGUUAAAUCAAGGAACGUGUCGCUCCUAUUUCCUAAGAUUAAUAAAAUUAACCGUUCAAUAGUGUUUAUCAGCCAUCUGGUCAUUCUGACUCCUGCCUGCUCUUCUAGUAGAAUCUCUCCAUCAGGGUUCAUUUUCUCCUCGCUUCUUUCUAUCAGUCUACCUCUAAUCUAAAACAGGGACAUUAAACAUCAAACUUUAGGCUGGGUUUGGGUCCCAGAGGUUCGGUUCCCUGCGAAACGAGUCGGUCCUCCUCUGUGUUUCAGACCCAGUGGGGCUGAUGGGGGUUUACUGGUUUUCUCAGGAGGAAGUGGGAGCUGCAGUGGACCAGCUGUGUCUGGAAGCUGUGGAUAAAAUCCUGGAGAUAAUGGAAGUGAACGUGGCCACACAGGAAGUGACCGCUGGAGAAGCUCCGCCUCCACCUGAUGACGGCUGUGGAAGCUCAACGAGGACUGCAGUGGACAAGCUGUGUCUGGAAGCUGUGGAUAAAAUCCUGGAGAUAAUGGAAGUGAACGUGGCCACAAGGGAAGUGACCGCUGGAGAAGCUCCGCCUCCACCUGAUGACGGCUGUGGAAGCUCAACGAGGACCGAGACAGAACAAGGUGAAAAGGCAGCCAUCGCUGAAGCCGGCAGAGACCACGCCUACAUCCUGCUGCUCAUAAGCCCUGCUGGAGACGCUGGGAACCUGCUGGUGGCGCUGCAGAGCACCGGCAGCGCUGAGGGUGAGAAGAUGCAGCCCCCCCACCUCCCCUCCUCCUCCCCACCAGCGAGUGAUGACCAUGGAUACGCUCGACCAUCGACGGCGCCGCCAGACGGCGCCUCAGCAAUGGAGGCGGGACGUAGAACCCAACAGCCAGUCCAGCCCCCCCUGCAGUGCUCCCAGUGCACCAAGCUGUUCCCCAGCGCCGAGCGGCUGGCCGACCAUCACAGGAAGUCCCACCCGCUGUGCUCCGUGUGCGGCACGCAGUUCAGCGGCAUCCUGAAGCUCCGGGAGCACGAGAUGAAGGAGCACGGACUCCUGCCUUACUCCUGCAGCUACUGCCCCAAAACAUUCAACCACAAGACUCACCGCGACCUCCACGAGAAGGCGCGGCACACCCGCGAGAAGAACUGCCACUGCGACAUCUGUGGGAGGAGCUUCUCCUGCGCCAGCGUGCUGAAAACCCACAGACUGACCCACUUCAACAAGACCUUCAUCUGCGAGGUCUGUGGGAAGACCUUCUACCACGCCUCCCACCUGAAGCGCCACACGCUGGUCCACCAGGAGGUGCGACCGUACAGCUGCUCCACCUGUGGGAGGGGCUUCAACCAGGCCGCCAACCUACGCAGCCACCAGGCCACGCACAGCGGAGAGAGGCAGCUCUGCUCCAUCUGCGGGAAGAGCUUCCGCUACCUGAAGAACCACGUCAUUAGCAAACAUCCGCACGAGGCGGCGGCCGGCGAGCUGCCGCCCCGCCACGCCAUCAUCAGCUGCCCGGUGUGCAGGAAGAAGUUCCCCAAUGCGUCGCAGUGCAGGACGCAUCAGCUCCAGCACACGGGGGAGAAGCCCUUCCACUGCCAGGCGUGCGGGAAGAGCUACGGCCGGAAGGCGCAGCUGCGGGCGCACGCCGCCACCCACGGCGGCAACAAGCCCUACAGGUGCUCCGUGUGCGCCAAGACCUUCAGCCUGGCCUCCAGCUUCCUGAGGCACCGCAGCAUCCACAGCGGCGCGACACCCUACAGCUGCCAGGCCUGCGGGAAGAACUUCCGCCUCCUCACCUUCCUCAAAGCUCACCUGCAGACCAGAAGGCACCUGAGGCGGACUCAGCAGAACCAGGACCCCACCGACCAGCACUGAACCAGACUGGAUCCUGUCCAGCAGUCACAGAACUCUGAGCUCUGACCCACUUCUAGACGUCCCGCUUCUAGACGUCCCGCUUCUAGACGUCCCGCUUCUAGACGUCCCAGUUCUAGGAGUCCCAGUUCUAGGAGUCCAGUUAGUUUAGAACCGUUCUUUCUUUUCUAUAAAGGUUUCCUUUUUUCCCGUUCCUUCCAUCCGUUGCUGUUGAUCCAAACCUUCUAAGGUGAGACGUGACUCCAUGGGCCAGAUGUGGACUGGUUUCCAGUCUAAUGUGGACUGGUUUCCAGUCUGAGCAGCUGGUAGGUCCCCAGUAAUUCCAGAUGAUAGCGUGUAAUCCAUCAGACCUGCGGCCAGAUUAAAGGACGUAUACAAGCGAUAAUCCACCUUUGUGUUUGAACAAAAGCUGUAAUCACCUUCCUGAUGAUGGCUGCUAAUCUGCUGCAGAUAAACAGCCUGUUUACUCGCUGCAGCAACAGCUGGAUCUGCUCCAGAUGUUGCUGCUGGCUAAUGAGGCAGCAGGACCAGACAACAUGUUUACCUUUAAAUCAUCUUCAGCACGUGAUAAAAACAGCAGCGGCUGAUCUGAU